GAUUUUCAUUAUUUUAUAAAACCCUCAGAAAACUAUAAUCUCCCAAAUCAAUCUUGGUUUUGUUGAGAUUGCUUCACAUAAGAUGGGUUUUACAUGGGGAAUGAGACUACGUGGAGCUAGCAAGAAGAAGAUAGCUCCGGUAAUGAGUUGGUCGGAAUCGACAUCGGAGCCGGAUAUAACGAUUCCGCCGGAGUUUCAAUGCCCGAUCUCAAUCGAUCUCAUGAAAGAUCCGGUGAUAAUCUCCACAGGCAUUACCUACGACCGCACAAGCAUCGAAAAAUGGAUCGAUUCAGGGAACAACACGUGUCCUGUCACGAACACAGUCUUGACCACUUUCGAUCAGAUCCCGAACCACACGAUUCGCAAGAUGAUCCAAGGAUGGUGCGUGGAGAUAGGAUCGUCGUUGAUUGAGCGGAUCCCAACGCCACGUGUCCCUUUGAUGCCGUGUGAGGUCUACGAGAUCUGUAGAAAGUUAUCCUCUGCUACGCGGCGUGGGGAUUACGAGAAAUGCGAGGAGAUUAUUUGGAGGAUUAAGAAGUUGGAAAAAGAAAGCGAGAAAAAUAGAAAUUGUAUUAUUGAAAACGGCGUCGCAUUGGUUUUGUGUGAUUGUUUCGAGAAGUUCUCGGCAGACGAGAAAUCAACGUCCAUCUUGGGAAAGAUUUUAUCUCUGCUGACGUGGAUGGUUCCUAUUGGGUGGGAGGGUUUAACGACACUGGCGUCUGCGUCGUCGUUUCGUUGCAUCGCGGGUUUCCUGAGGAGCAAGGACGAUACCGUUCGUGAAAACGCUGCGUUUUUGUUGAAGGAGAUCCUAUCGUUGGAAGAAACGCAAGUUCACGCGUUUGCGGAGGAGAACGGAGUCGCGGCAGCGUUUCUUAAACUUAUUCGCGAUUCCGUUUCGUCUAGCGCAACGAGAUCUUCCUUGACAGCGGUUUCUCAAAUGGUCUUGGCAAAGCCCGAGAUCGCGUCUGAGUUUCUCGAAAUCGGUCUUGUGAAUCAAACGGUGGAGAUGAUCAUUGAUGGUGAGAAUAGCGUUUGCGAGAAAGCGUUGGCGGUUCUAGACGCGGUUUGCGAAACCAGCGAAGGGAUAGAGGAAGUGAGGAAAAACGCGUUGGUGAUGCCGCUUUUGGUGAAGAAGAUUCUUAAGGUCUCUGAACAAGGGACGUGGAGCUCAGUGUCUGCGAUUUUGAAGCUGUGUAAAGCAGGGAACGCGUCCACGGUUGAAGAAGCGGUGCGUUUGGGAGCGUUUCAGAAGAUGUUUUUGGUGUUACAGGUUGGGUAUGGAGAAGUUAAGGAGAAAGCGACAGAGUUGUUGAAGAUGAUGAACACACAGAUGAAACUGAUGAGCGAUGAUGUUGAUUCUUCAAUGGAGUUUAAGUAUCUCAAGAAGCCAUUUUGAAGUAGAUAAAUUGUAUAAAGACAACCACAUUCUUUGCAAAUCACAGAUAUGAUCAUUAUGAAAAUGAAGCAAAUGAUCAAUGAGAAUUUAUAUAAAAUCUAAAUAAUGUUUAAAAAAGCCUAAAUGAAUGGGAAGAGAC